GUCUUCACCGCAUUACAUUCACACACCGCUCACAGAUCUGACGUAUCAUGUGGAAAUAUAUAUUAUUACUUUAUUUGAGUGCUGUUUACUGCGAUUACAAGUAUGAAACGAAAUAUUUCAAAGUGCCCCUCGACCAUUUUGGCUUUCAAAGGAACGAAACUUUUAACAUAAAGUAUUUGGAGAACAGGGAACAUUGGGACGGGUCGGGACCGAUCUUCUUUUACACUGGAAAUGAGGGACAAAUUGAAUUAUUUGCGAAGCACACCGGCUUCAUGUGGGAGAUCGCAGCUGACUAUCGCGCCAAAAUAGUGUUUGCUGAACACAGAUAUUAUGGAACAUCGAUGCCGUUCAACAAAUCCCUGGACAACGACCACAUUGGAUACCUGACGUCCGCCCAAGCGCUUGCUGAUUACGCAGAUUUAAUCAACUACUUGCAGGGCGGCUCGCUGCAUCCUAAGUCACCUGUUAUUGCUUUUGGAGGCUCCUACGGUGGCAUGCUAGCAGCGUACUUCAGGAUGAAAUACCCUCACAUAGUGGCCGGAGCCAUCGCAGCAUCAGCCCCCAUCCACAUGUACCCUGGCAUGGUACCCUGCGACGUGUUCCAUAGGAUCGUGACCUCUAGCUUCAAGAUCGCUGACGAGAAAUGCGUGGAAAAUAUACGACAUUCUUGGGCUGUUGUCAGAAAAUAUGCAGCAGCAGCAAACACAAGCGAAUGGCUCCACAAGAAAUGGAACCUCUGUGACCCAAUCAAAGACGAAAAAGACAUUAACAUGUUGGUGGAAUUCCUGCAGUCCAUGUACGAAACUCUCGCGAUGGUUAACUACCCUUUUGCAUCGGAUUUCCUCGUUUCCUUACCGGCUCAGCCUGUGAGGACUGUCUGUCAGUAUUUAAACGAAACGUUGACUGGGGAGAAAUUGUUGGAAGGAAUAGGAAAGGUAUUGCAAGUAUUCACAAAUUAUGACGGCAAAGGUUCUUGCGUUGAUUACAAGAAAGGUGACGAUUAUGGCAACCUUGACGCUGCGGGUUGGGACUUUCAGGCCUGCACAGAAAUGGUGAUGCCAAUGUGCACAACUGGCAAGGACGACAUGUUCGAACCAUCGCCAUGGAACUUUACGCAGUACUCCGAGGAAUGUCACAAGAAAUACAACGUUUAUCCGCGACCAGAUGGCGCUGGUGUCGAGUAUGGAGGCGAUAGGCUACAUGCCGCCUCCAAUAUUGUCUUCAGUAAUGGCUUACUAGAUCCGUGGGCGGGAGGUGGCAUUUUGAACAGUAUCAGCAAAUCAGUGACAGCAGUGGUGAUCAUUGACGCAGCCCAUCACUUGGACCUCAUGCCAAGCACUCCUCAAGAUCCGCAAUCAGUUAUCGCCGCCAGGAACAUCCAUAAACAGAACAUAGACAAAUGGAUUAGAGAGUUCAGACAGGAGAGGAAGAACAAACAAUAGACAAUAAAUACUUUUUCAGUUUUUAA